CCGGAAGAAACAGGUGGACUCUAGUGAAAUGCAGAAGAGCAAGCUUUCUCGAGUUCUUACACAAUCGGAUCUUGUACUCUUGGGAGUGGGAAGUACCCUAGGAGCUGGCGCCUAUGUGUUAUCAGGAGAGGUUGCCAAGUCAAAGGCAGGUCCAUCAAUUAUUCUGUCCUUCUUUGUAGCAGCCAUUGUAUCAGUGCUUGCAGGGCUUUGUUAUGCUGAAUUUGGGUCCCGAGUCCCAAAAGCUGGCUCUGCCUAUGUCUAUAGCUACGUCACAGUUGGUGAACUGAUUGCUUUUAUCAUUGGUUGGACCCUCGUUCUCGAAUAUGCUAUUGGAACUGCAAGUGUAGCAAGAGCUUGGACUGCAAAUUUCAACACAUUGGUUGACAAUAAAAUCUCCAAUUUCCUAAACUCCACCAUGCCAAUUAAUACUUAUUUCUUAGCACAAUAUCCAGAUUUCUUUGCGUUGAGUCUCGUGGCAUUACUUACAAUUAUUCUUGCUGCCGGAGUGAAACAAUCUACAGUGUUCAACAGUAUUUUUACAGUCCUCAAUCUCCUUGUACUUACCUAUGUUAUCAUCUGUGGAUUUUUCACUGUUGACUUUAAGAACUGGAGCAUUGACAAAAGUGAAGUACCCUCUGGGUACGGUGAUGGUGGAUUCAUGCCUUAUGGCAUUUCCGGAAUGUUGUCUGGUGCUGCCACAUGUUUCUAUGGAUUUAUUGGAUUUGACUGUAUUGCUACCACAGGUGAAGAAGCCAAAAAUCCUCAGAAAGCCAUCCCCGUCAGUAUCAUCCUCAGCCUCUUCAUUGUGUUCAUCUUCUACUUCAUGAUAUCCCUUGUUCUGACCUCGAUGUCUCCUUAUUAUCUACUAGAUGAUAAUGCUGCUUUACCAUUUGUCUUUGAGAGAAUUGGAUGGACCAUUGCCAGAUAUGGGAUUGCAAUUGGCAGCAUUUGUGCUCUGACUGCCAGCAUGGUAGGUUCAAUAUUCCCCUUACCCAGGGUUGUGUAUGCAAUGGCUGAGGACCGCAUAAUCUUUAGUGUCCUUUCUGAAGUAUCAGACAGGUUCAAGACCCCUGUCCGGGCAACGUUGGUCGCUGGACUCUUUUCAGGUCUGACUGCUCUCAUUUUUGAUCUCACUGAACUGGUGGAUAUGAUGUCUAUUGGAACUCUCUUAGCUUACUCGGUUGUGGCCAAGUGUGUUGUUAUCCUACGUUACAGAGUACUGACUUUUGACACUGGAGAAUCAGAUAUAAUCUGGGCAGAUAUGACAGUACAACUAGCGACCAUAUAGAUUUACAAGGAAAAUUUAGACUGAAGCAACUGGUAAAACCAGAAACAAUAUUUCCAACCAAAAUUAGUGAAGCCAUUGUGACAACAACUUCAUCUAUACUCAGUCUGUUUGUAAUUGCUUUGUGUAUUCUCCUGGUGACUUCAGAAGAUGACCUGACCAGUGGCUGGGCCAUUUACUUGAUUAUUCAGUUCAUAGUCCUCAUCAUUAUUUGCUUGAUAAUUAUUGCUAUGCAGCCG